GGAUGAAACCAGCUUUGCUGUAACUAUAUAACCCAGCAUCGAAACAAAUCACAGUUCAAUCCCACCCAUCUCGAUCGCGAAUCCAUUUCUCCGACGAUCGAUCGAGCUUAGCUAGCACGAUGAGGAUGAGGAUGCCCCGGUCUUCGGUUCUCUCCUUCCUCGCCGUCUCGGCGUUCGUUCUCGCUGCGUCGGUGACCGCGGACAACUACGACAAGGGCGGCCAGCAGCAGCAGAACAAGGAAGCCUGCGAUGAUCAGUACGACCGUGCCUACCACAAGCCCGCGGCCGGCCUCGUGUCCGAGUACUACGGCAAGUCGUGCCCGGACAUGGAGCGCAUCGUCCAGGCCGCCGUGAACCGGGCCAUCGCCAACGACUACACCGUCGCCGCCGGCCUCAUCCGCCUAUUCUUCCACGACUUCGCCGUCCGAGGGUGCGACGGGUCGAUCCUGAUCGACGCGCCGGGCAGCGAGAGGCACGCGGCGGCGAGCAAGACGCUCCGGGGCUUCGAGCUGAUCGAGGAGAUCAAGGCCAAGCUCAACGCGCGCUGCAACAACACCGUGUCCUGCGCCGACAUCCUCACGGCCGCCACCCGCGACGCCAGCAUGAAGGUGGGCGUGCCCUACUGGUCGCUCAAGUACGGCCGGAAGGACGGCCGCGACUCCCACGCCGAGGAGGCCGACGCGCAGGUUCCCAUGGGCCGCGAGAGAGUCACCGACCUCGUCCAGUUCUUCGAGACCAGGGGCCUCAACGUCCUCGACCUCGUCAUCCUCUCCGGGGCGCACACGAUCGGGAAGGCGAGCUGCGGGGCGGUGAAGCGGCGGGUGUUGACCAGCAAGCCGGAGACGCUGGACCGGAAGUACGGCGACUUCCUGCUCCGCAAGUGCCACCGCGGAGACGAUGCGGAGCGCGUGGAGCUGGACGGCGAGUCGCCGACGACGUUCGACAACAGGUACUACCAGAACCUGGAGCGCAGGAUGGGGCUCCUGGAGACGGACCAGGGGAUGCUCGAGGACUCCCGGACGACGAGGUUCGUCAAGGAGAUGGCCAGGGAGCCCGAGGUGUUCAAGCGCCAGUUCGCGCACUCCAUGCGCCAGCUCGGCGAGGUCAACGUGCUUACUGGGGACGAGGGCGAGGUCCGCUACAAGUGCUCCGCCGUCAACUACUGAUCUCGUACCUACAGUAUACAAUUGAACAGUUGAGCAAAGAACGACCCAUUGUGUACUGCGUGCUACUUCGCUCCAUCGGUUCUCGAUCGUGUAUACCGUUUCGGUUGAUUUCUUGGUUCCAGGAAGAGGGAAAUGAUAUUUUUGUGUUUUGGGGUUUAAAUCACUUUUGUUUCGGUUAAUCUUUCAGCUGUAUUUGUGGUGUAAAGUGUCUAUCAGAUUUCCACGCGUA